GCUCCGUGCUGCGGCCACGCGCUCCAUCCCAACACCGCCCCGUAACGGCUCCACCCGGCGGGGAGAUGGAAGAGCCGCCGCCGCGCAACGUCGUGGCCGAGGACAGCUGCUGGAAACGAGCCGUUGAAACUGAACUUGAAACUGCAAAAAGAUGGAUUCACAAAUGGGGCUUCUUGAAAACAGCUCUCGACGAGUUGAUUGAAGAAGAAAAGAAGGAAAGAGCAAAAGCAAAAGCAAAGCCCAAGAUAGAGCUCCCAGAGCAUCUGCGGAUUCGCCCUGUGACACCUGUGGAAAAAUACAUUAAGGUGCAUCCAUCUCCUCCAUUUCCAAAGACUUCCCAGGGGUUAAUUGGCUGGAGAUCAGCUGUUCCAGAGCUCCAAAUCGAACGUUUUCAAGUCCAGAGCACCAAAGGAACCUUCUUCAAGAGCCUGAACUGGCCACCUGAGCCUUCUGACUAACAGUAGGAAAUAACGAGUAGGAACAUAGAAGCACUUGCAUUCUAAAGUUAACAUUCGCUAAUGGAUUGUUGAACAGCUGUACGGGGACCCACAACCACUGGGGCAAUGUGUGAACAUCACUACGGAGCAUUUUGCUUGUGAAUUCUGCUUCAGAGUUGCCUAGUUUCCAAUGGAGCUGCCUGAUUGCUUUAAGUAAAGCUUACAAAGGCCAUUCAGUAAAAUGAAGUCACUUUCUAAAAGCAGUUUUGAUCUCAGAAGUGUUUUUUGUUGUUCAGGAUACAAGUUUUUAAGCAUAAGUUUCAAAGCAAAAAUAUGCUACCAAGUAUUUAUGUUGCUGCAGAUUUUUUAUACUAGUGUUUAUAUCAAGCAGGACUGGUAGGAACUCAGAAACAGAAUGUUGGAGUCUAAGGAACUCCAUCAAAAAAAAGAGAGAGAAGCUAAAUUGGCCGACAAGUAUUUUCUUGCACUGAAAAUUUCUGAAUAUAUCCAUCUACAUCCAUCAUUUAACACGUUCUGCAUUAAAAAAACAAUGUGUUAUCAAAUCACUUCUUAUUGCAAGCCUAUUUUCAGAAAUAUUGGUGUAGAAAUAAAAAUAAACACAUGAACACGCA